UUUUUUUUUGUGAAUAGAUAAGGGAUCGCCCUGGAAGAAUAUCGUUACAGAAAUUUCACGCUCAAGUAACAGCAGCCAUGAGUGCUUCUUCAAUGUUACCCCAAAAGCGACCACAUCCUGACUCAAAGCCAAAACUUCCUGCGCUGUCUGAAACCGAGCGUAUCCUCUAUGAGUUGAUUAGGAGCAAGCAAAACAUUGGAAUAUGGACAGCUGACAUGAAAAGAGAGACAGGUCUUCAAACCACUGUUGUCACCAAAACCCUCAAGUCUCUCCAAAACAAAAAUCUUAUAAAAGAUGUUGUUAACAUUCACAACAAGGCAAGAAAAAUUUACAUGGCUAUGGAGUUCGAACCAUCAAAAGAAAUCUCGGGUGGUUCAUGGUAUUCAGAUGGAAGUCUUGAUAUAGAAUUCAUUAGGAUUCUAAGAGAGCAGUGUUUGAAGCAUAUUGAAAGACUCCAGAUUGCCACUAUGGAAGCUAUAUACAAAUCCAUCCAAGAAUCGCGUGUAUUCAAAGUUGAAUGUACCAUGCAGCAGAUUGUGGAAAUUGUUAAUGCGAUGGUUCUGGACAAGGAGAUUGAGGAAUUGAAGAGUACUGGGAUAGGAGAUUUUUCUAAAGUUCCAUCCGGAAAGAUUUGUUACAAGAGCUUGAAAGGUAGAGAAGGUCCGAAGAUAGGUGCCUUAUCAUCAAUUCCCUGUGGAGUUUGCCCUCGGAUAGGUGAAUGCACGCCAGAUGGAAUUAUCUCACCAAAGACUUGUGUCUAUUACAACAAAUGGCUUAGCUUGGAAUUUUAGAUGUGAACUUGUUAUCAGAAGUGCUCUAAUGAAGGCAAGCUUUUCAAUGUGUUGCUAGCCUUUUUUUGCGAUAGUGAACUUUCUCACUGAUUUUUUCCAGAAUGAUGGCUGACCAGCAGGUCCUCUCUGGUAAAUCUAUAGAAAUCUUUAUCUUGCUA